UUCUUUAAGCCGAAAAACACAGACGCAUUCAAAUGGAAGCAGAAGCCCCCAGCAGCAGCUCACCACCAGGGCAGCGCCGCCAGAUGUGCGGCAACUGCGAGCGUCCAAUCGCAGCUUGUCUCUGCCACAUCAUCCCCAUCCCACCCAUGACCACCACCACCACAAAAUUAAUGAUCAUCCACCACCCACACGAGUCCCACCACAAACUCAACACUGCACGUCUCUUAACUAAGUCCCUCCGCCACGUCACCACCCAUCUCUCACGCAAACUCCUCCCUUCUCACAUCACCAACCAGUCCAAUUCCCCUUCCCCUUCUCCCACCACCACUAUCUACCUAUUCCCGCCAUCCCCUGGCUCGCCUGCCGUCUCUCUAUCGGAGCUCAAAGAGUCAAUAAAUUUGCAAGGGGAUAACCGAAAUUUACUUUUAAUCGUGUUUGAUGCCACGUGGAAGCAUGCGAAGGAGAUGGUGAAGGCGAGUGAAGGGGUUUUGGAGGGUUUAGGAGCGAUAAGGGUGUGUUUGGAUGUGGAUGAGAGUUUAAAAGGUGGGAGUAUUUAUGAUGAUGAGUUAGUGUUGAGGAAAGAGCCUUAUAAAGGUUGUGUGAGUACGUUGGAGGCGGUGGCUAGGUGUUUGAGAGUGGUGGAAGAUGAAGGGGAGGAGAUUGAGAGGGUUUUGAUUGGGGUUUUGAGAGAGAUGGUUAGGUUGCAGGCUGGGUUUUUGAAGCCUGUUAAACCAAGGUCCAAGUUGUUGAAAAAGAGUAAACAGAAUGAAUUGCAAUAGUUUUAUGUAUUUGUGUUGUUUUCUUUCAGAAUUUUGAAUCACUCGCCCUGUUGUCUGAAUGAAUGGCCUCGUAUAAUAUGAAGAUUUUUGAUAGCUUGAACUAACAGUAUUGGAAUGUUUUCAUAGCUGGACAAUUUAAUUGAUUGAAACCAUGCGACAUAACUUCGGUUGCCACUGACACUGAGCCAAGAAAGUAUUUUGAUACCAUAAUUGACAGGUUAUUGUGGCAAGACAGUGCAAGAAGACUCGAUG